AUGGCGGCUUCGCGCUACAUCGCGAAGAACGUCAUUCAUAUAUUCGACACCGAAGGCUCGGAUUCGUCAGCAGGCCAAGGCCACACGAUCAAAAGUAGCAAAGCACUCGGCAAGCGGAAGGCACCUCCGGAGGUUGAGGAGAAGUUCGAGUGGAGCGACUCAGACGAAGCCUAUGAACAGCUAAAAGCUCGGCGCAAGACUACGCGCAAGAGCAGGAAGAACAACGGCGGAGAAAAGACGAAAGCCAAGAAGAGGCGCGAUGAUACCAUCGACAGGGUUAAGGACCUCGACGAAUCUAGCGCACACGAUGACCUCGCCGACGCCGCCGUACCUGACUAUCUUCGUGAGAGACGUAGGAAGUUUGACGAGAACAGACAGGUACUGCGCGAGGCAGGUCUACGACUGCCCCCCGACUAUGGCGAUGUCGAGUUCUCCGACGACGAGCGCAUAUCCAAUCUACGAGAGAGACCUGUAUUUGAAGCAUCCAGCGGGAUCAAGCCAUGUCGUGCGUACAAAGACAUUGAGCUUGAAUACUCUGCUGGCCUUAUUCCCGCAUCGAUCGCACAGUACCUCAGAGACUAUCAGAUUGAUGGCGUCAAGUUCCUACACGAAAAAUUUGUCUACCAAAGGGGCUGUGUGCUCGGAGAUGACAUGGGUCUCGGCAAGACUGUCCAGGUGGCCGCUUUCUUGACAGCGGCAUUCGGCAAGUCUGGCGACGAGAGGGAUGCUAAGAGGAUGAGGAAAAUGAGACGUAUGGGCACUCAUUGGUAUCCUAGGAUAUUGAUCGUUUGCCCUGGUACACUAAUCGAAAAUUGGAAGAACGAGCUGAAUCGUUGGGGUUGGUGGCAGGUCGAUGCUUAUCACGGCUCAAACAAGGAUGAGACCUUGCAUGCUGCUCGAUCAGGACGACUCGAGGUUAUGAUUACCACCUAUGGGACGUACAGGUUGAACAAGGGCGAGAUCAAUAUGGUUCAGUGGGACGCAGUCGUGGCUGACGAGUGUCAUUGUCUGAAGUUCCGGGGUUCUGAGAUUACGCGCGCGAUGAACGAUGUCAAUUCCCUUUGUAGAAUUGGUCUUACGGGAACGGCCAUACAAAACAAUUACGAAGAGCUUUGGACGCUUUUAAAUUGGACCAAUCCUGGUCACUUUGGAUCCAUCAGCGAGUGGAGGGAGAGUAUCAGCAAACCCUUGGCAAUUGGUCAAGCUCACGAUGCCACGCGCUAUCAACUUAGCCUUGCGAGGAAGACUGCGAAGAAACUUGUCCAAAACCUUCUUCCCGAAUUCUUUCUGCGGCGAAUGAAGAGUUUGAUAGCUCAUCAGCUGCCAAAGAAGAGUGACAAGGUCGUCUUCUGUCCAUUAACGGACCAACAAAGCAGUGCAUAUGAGAACUUUCUGGACAGUUAUUCCGUGCGUCUGCUGCGCGAAGUGAGCGAAGAUUGCCCAUGUGGAUCGGGAAAGAAGCAAGGAUGGUGCUGUGAAAAGUAUCUGCCCAACGGAAAGCCAUGGAUCUCCAUCGUUUUUCCAACAAUGCAAACCUUGCUCAAGCUCUCGAACCAUCUCACACUCCUGAUUCCUUCCUCCGGCGAACCCAUGGAGAAGCAGAAGUCCGAGUUGAACACUCUACAGACAUGCGUGCCAGACGGCUGGGAAGAGCUCUACAAGAAUCGAGAUUCCCUGGUAAACCUCGCUAACCCCGAGUUUUGCGGAAAGUGGAAAAUUCUUCGGAAACUACUGCGGUUCUGGCAUGAGAACGGAGACAAGGUCCUUGUAUUCUCACACAGUGUACGAUUAUUGCGGAUUCUUCAGCACCUCUUCCAUCAUACCAGCUAUUCUGUAAGUUACUUGGAUGGUUCCAUGAGCUAUGUGGACCGCCAACUCGCAGUAGACGACUUCAACUCGGACCCCAAUCAAUUUGUCUUCCUCAUCUCAACCAAGGCUGGAGGUACUGGGCUCAACAUAACUUCGGCUAACAAGGUGGUCAUCUUUGAUCCACACUGGAAUCCGUCGUAUGACCUACAAGCUCAAGAUCGAGCUUACAGAAUCGGUCAGACUCGCGAUGUCGAUGUGUUUCGACUAGUCUCAGCUGGCACAAUCGAAGAGAUCGUCUACGCACGCCAGAUCUACAAACAGCAGCAGGCCAACAUUGGCUACACUGCUUCGACCGAACGCCGCUAUUUUAAAGGCGUACAACAAGACAAGGAUCGCAAGGGCGAAAUUUUUGGGCUCAAUAACCUGCUGAGUUUUCAUUCUGACCAUGUCGUCCUUCGCGAAAUUGUCAAUAAGACAAACAUCGCCGAGGCCAAAGCAGGGGUCCACCUCUCGGAUAUCGACAUAGAGAAGAUGGAAGAGGACGGUGACCUUGGCUUUUUGAAACAGGAAGAGAAUAGCAACGGAGAAGAUGGUGGUUUGAGCCAGUUGGCUGAGCUGUUAUCACAUGAGAAUCAGGAGGCCGCGGCCGAUGCAAAGAAAGCCAAUAAACCUAAGAGUGACGCUAUCCAGGCGAUUCUAUCGUCUGCUGGCGUCGAGUAUACCCACGAGAACUCUGAAGUCGUCGGUUCCAGCAAGGUGGAAGAGCAGCUGUCACGGCGCGCCGAGCUAGCUGCAGAUGACGAGUCGACCAUUGAAGGACAAUCGGCCCUGUUCGCGGAUAGUCAAGCGAAUGUAGUCCAGUCAGAAGGCCUGCAAGGGAUUCGUUAUGCGUAUAACCCGCCCAUAGAUGUCAUGAAGAGACAAUUUUGCUCUAUGGCUCGGGAGUUUGGCUUCCAAAAUGCCACAGAUUUUGCGUUGGUCGUUGAGAGCUGGACGCAGGAGCAACGGAGGAAUUGUCUUAACACUUUCUACAAGAGACGAGAGAUCAAGCUCCUAGAAAAGGACCUGGAGGAUCUAAAGGCUCUCCAAAAAGAAGAAGCUGACGACGAGGAAGACGAAGAUGGUGUCCCGGUAAAAGAUGAGGAUGUUAAAAUGGAAGAUGGAGCAGACCAGCCGAAGCAUAACAUUGGUUCGCCCAGAAGCCAGCAGGAAGAUAGGAAGGAUACUUCCAUCGUAUCUGAUGGCCAGAAUAUCAAGGAGGAGUGUAUCAAGAAGGAAGAUGAAGACUUGAUGCCGGGCGUUGUGAAGCAGGAAGAGACUAAAAUCACUGGUUCUGAGAAAAGGACGUCGAUCUUCUUGUAUGAUACCGAAGAUGAGGAGACGGAUGAGCUAUGA